AUGAUCGUGUGUACGCACUCAGCUCCAAAGAAGACCAGGAAGUCAUUGGAAGAGUGGAAAGAGGUCGAUAUUUUGGAACCUGUUGUCAAGCCUCGAAAUGAUACUCUGUUCGCUGGAAGUCAUUGGGUUUUCCAGCAGGCGCUCCAGCUCACAAGGCUGGGUCAACACAGCAGUGGCUACAAAAUAACAUUUCAGAGUUCAUCUCUGCCUCGGAUUGGCCCUCAGGAAGCCCUGCUUUCAACCCACUAG